GAGAAAUAAAGUUUUAUUCCUGUACAAUGUGUAUGUGAAUCAGACCCUGAACAUAAUAUGAUUUCUCUAUAGUGUGAAGUUUUUAAUUAGGUCAUUUUCAUCCUCAAAAGGUGGAGCUUUUGUUCGAUUUCCUAAUUCAUCAGAGCGUUAGAAGACCAUGGGACUGACAUUUACAUCUUUCGCAUGCUACGGCAUAGGAGUGUCCAUCAUGGUUGUUCUCCAUGUCAAGCGAGGUGAUGAAAGCCAGUUUCUUCUUGAAACUACUGUGCAGUCGCCAAUCGAAGAUGUUGUCAACAGAAUUGUGAUGAUACAUAAUGGCAGGCUUAAAGUGUAUAGAAUUUGCAGUGCAAUGGAAAUGCUUGCCGAACAUGGAAUAUCUUUACCACCCGAAAUGCAUGGUCUCACCGAUGAUCAGAUCGCAGAACUCAAGCUGAAGGACGAGUUUUCAGAGACAUGUGCUCCAAGUGGAGGUUUCAGUGAAAAUAGAGAUCCAUGUGGAAGGAGGAAUGGGUGUCGGCCGACAGAAAAAAUGCAAGAGGUGUUGCAGAAGACCAUUGCAGAAGCUAAGGGUAUAAUUUCAAAAGAGUUAGUCAAGAGCAACACAUGCCUCACAGAACAGCACAUAUGCGAUGCUAUUGACAUUCUGAGAGGAGCCAUCAUGAUCGCCUACCCGAUGAACCUACCUCCAUACGACCCUAUUAGAGAGGAGUUUGAGAAUCGUGAAGAGUUGAAAGGGACCCAAGAUCAUAAGAUGGUUCUAGAUGCACCAGUAACACAACUUUGGUUUGCUGGGAAGGAAAUGCUGUGCGGGAAAAAACUACUGGACUACGUUGGCAAAAAUGAAAAAUCGAAGGUGAUUGUAAAGAUUCAGCGCCGAGGUCAAGGGGCACCUAGCAGGGAGCCCCUUCUGUCAGAGGAAGAGCGCAAGAAACUCAUGAUGGCUGAAUUCCACAGACGAGAACAAUUGAAGAAAUUGGAUGAGGAGGAUGACGACUCAUACCUCAAUUCUCCCUGGGCAGACAAUCGGCAACUCCAGAAGUCGUUCCAAGGAUUGGCCAACAUCUCUUGGAAGCCACACUGACCCUUGUUAUAUAUUUUGGGUACAUGGUAUUUUCUGUUUUAAUUUGUAUGCUCUUGCAUAUGAUCUGUCAUUUAUAAAGGUAUAUUUGAAAAUUACUUUCUAUUGACUAGAAUAAUUUAGCCCAUAAAUGUAUUUAGAAGUUGCAACAGAAAUAUUGUCUAGUGCUGUUAUUCACUGAAUAUGCAGUCUUAAUUAAAAUCUUUAUUCUUUUUAUGCAUUAAACUAAAGAGGAGGCAACAUUUGACUAUUAAUACAAUCCUCAUUUUUAUUUCUCUCAAUAGCCUGCUUUAUUUUAUUUCUUUAUUAUUAUUAUUCCCAUUUAAUUUUUAACAAUUUGUAUAGUCUAUUAGAACAUAGAAAAUGGAUAGUACUGAAGAAUUAACCCAUUUAUGACGGGUGUCCCACAUAUGAGACGCCCAGAAAAAUAAACGUUGCCGUCAUCCUGCCAGUGUGACAUUUGGAUCGGAGCUUGCACUCCAAUUCUGUCGCACCAAUUUUGAAGCCGCCUGGACACUAUUACUUUUGGCUUCAAAAUAUACCGGUGCUAGUGGGGUUAAAUACUUUCAACUUCUUCCUUUGUAUUAAUGCACUGCUAAAGAAAUGCUAAAAUGUACUUGGCAUGUUCUCUGUUAUGUUAAUAAUCUGAUAUUUAAACAAAGGGUACAAUAUCCACACACAGCUUGGAAAAAUCUUUUAUUUAUCCACAAUUAAUUAACAAAUCCAUAUAUAUCAUGGUUCCAAAACUAAUGGAUCAUUUUGUUCCCAUUUUGUUAAAGAAUAUAAAUUAUCUAUCUUUAUAAAAUGCUAACCUAUGAAAAUUGCAUUGAUAAACUCUGUGUCUAUGCAUGAAUUACUUUAAACAAGUAAAAAGAUAGGGAUCUUUCUGCCAUAUUUACAGUACUAUACAUUGUUUCAAAGUCUCAUGCAAGGCACAGAAAAAAACAGCAUACUACACUGUUUUUGAGUUGGGUUUACCUUUAUUACAUAUAAAUAUUUAGCAAUCAUUUAGAGAGGUCGGUAACUGGGCUACAUGUAAAGUAGCGUAAGCAAUAACAUGAUUUUAUACUUGGCUCGUAUCUACAAAAAUUGUGUUCUUCGAUUCCGUUUCAUGAAAAACCCAACUAUCACCGGUUUCAAGCUGGUGCAUUAACCACCAAGCAUGCCUAAAUCUGACAUGAUUUUUAAGGCUGGUAUGAAAAAGGACACGGAAAUAUUGGAAAAAAAAAAAAAGUCUUAAA